AUGAAGAACGCCUGCGCGGCAACGCUACAGCAUCGCGCGGAGGUCGAGAUUUUCGUCCGAUUCGCCGUGGGCGAGCGGUGGGGGGUGGUGGAGGUCGCCGAUAGCGCCGGCGGCAUCCCCCCAGCCCUCGCGGUGCGGAUUUGGAAGUUCGGCUGGACAACACAUCGCUACGACGAGGGCCACCUCGCCGGAUUCGGCGUCGGCCUCCCGAUCUCGAAGGUUUUUAUGGAUAUGUGGGCCGGCGCGAUCGACGUGUACUCGGUGUGGGGGAAAGGCACCACCGUUCGCGUUUACUUUCCAAAGUCCCCGACAGAGGUCCUCCUGUCGAACUCGAGGUUGAGGCCGGACUGA